AUGGCGCGAAGUUCGGUGGAUAAGAUGGAGGAACUUGACUUAACUUAUGCUGAACAAGAAGAAUACUUACUACAAUUAGAAAGACAAGGAGAAGCACCAAAAGGAACAGCACUAUUCAGACCUACAGCAGAUUUUUGUUUAUUAGAUAUUCCUUAUAUAGGAGGGAAGGAGGUGUCUCUUGUGUCUCUCCCUGUAGCAGCAUUAAGGCCUAAUUGGAGACACUAUCGUUGCCAGCAGCAAACAGAAAAGGAGACACAGGAUACACAGCAGCAGCAGCAGCAGCAGCAGCAGACAGUAGUUGGCAAGAAAGAAUUGAAGAGACUAACAAAAGCAGCAAAAAAAGUUAAACUAGUGCAGCAGCAGCAGCAGGAGCAGCAGCAGCAGCAGCAAGAGGAGGAGGAACAGCAGAAAAAAGAACUGCAGCAGCAGCAGCAGCAGCAGCAGCAGCAGCAGCAAUGGGCAACAUAUUCAAUUGUAUACUUGGAUAAAAUUGACAUUGCAGAACUUGUCUCCGAUGACCUCCAGGAAAGCUCUAGGACACAACAAGACAACUCAACUACUGGCCUACGAGUUGAGAUACGCAUGCCCUCUGUGGUUCAUCCUUCUGGUAUAUGUGUUGAAUGGAUAUCAUCUAAACAAAUUCAAUUAAAUAAAAAAAAUAAUAAAGAGGAUACUAUUGUAAUUGAGCUUCCUCUUGAGGUGGAUACAUCUGCUGCAGCAGCAAAAUUCAUCAAAGCUAAAAGACAACUCAAUAUAGAGGCACCUGUUGUCUUUGGUGCUGCUGCUGCUGCUGCUGCCAGCAGCAGCAGCAGCAGCAGCAGCAGCAAAAACAACAAGACAUCAUCCCUGCCGCAUGCGUCUGCUGCCUCCGCAGCAGCGGAUGCAGACAGCUCGGAGGAUAACGAAGCAGCAGCAGCAGAAGCUGCUGCUGCUGCUGAAGCAGGAGUAUCCGCUGCAGUAGCAGAUGUUGCAGAAGCAGCAGCAGAUCUAGCAGCAACAGCAGCAGAAAUAGAGACAGCAGCAGCAGCAGCACCAGCAGCAGCAGAAAUAGCGACAGCAGCAGUAGCAGUAACAAAAGCAGCAGCAGGACAAGCGGCAAACUUAACGACAGCUGCUGCAGCAGAAGCAGCAGCUGCUGCUGCAGCAGAGCCAGCAGCUGCUGCUGCAGCAGAGCCAGCAGCAGCUGGUGCAGCAGACAUAGCCACAACUGCUGCUACAGCUGCAAGCGAAGGUUCUGCUGCGACUGCUGCUGCAGCAGAUAAAACUGCAGCAGGAACAGCAGCUGCUGCUGCAGCAGAAACAGCAGCAGCUGCUGCAGCAGAAACAGCAACAGACGCAGCAACAAAUGCCAAUGCAAAUGAGGUAGCAGACGCAGCAACAGCAACAGCAGCUGCAGAUCCUGCAUGCACUGGUGGUGCACAUGCAGGAGAAGCAGACACAACAACUGCUGCUGCAGCAGACGCAACAACUGCUGCUGCAGCUGCGUUUGCUGCUGCAGCAGCAGACACAGAAACUGCUGCAGACAUAGAAAAAAUAACUGCUGUUGCAGCAGGAAGCACAGCUGCUGCUGCCGCCGCCGCUGCAGCAGCAGCAGCAGCCGCAGAUGCAGAAGCAACGUCAGCAACAACUGUUGCUGCAGCAGAUGCAGAGGCAGCUCCAACAGCAACUGCAGCAGCAGAUACAGAAGCAACUGCAGCAGCAACUGCAGCAGCAACUGCAGCAGCAACUGCAGCAGCAACUGCAGCAGCAACUGCAGGGGCAGCAGCAGUUAGCUGUGCAUCCUCAGAAGCUGAAGUGGAGCCAGCAGCAGGAACAGCCAAGACAGCAGCAGCAGCAGCAGCAGCAGCAGCUCCAUCAGCACCAGCAGCAGAGAAGAUAAGAGUAUCCAAGCAGCUGCAGCUGUAUGUGAAGAUUAUUUCUGAAGGACCCAAUGAAGAAAUCCCUCUUGCUGCAGCAGCAAGCCAGCAGGAGGGCGACGCAGCAGCAGCAGCAACAGCAGCAGCAGCAGAAGCAGCAGAAGCAGUGAAUGACUGCGAAGGUACAGCUGCUGCUGCUUCUACAGAGCAGCAGCAGCAGCAGGUACAGCAGCAGCAACAGCAGCAAAUAGUUGAGUGGCAUUGGGCAGGAAUACCCCAUGGGGAGCUUGAUCUGCUGCAGUACAGGCUCAGCCCCGCUGCUGCUAAUGCUGCUGCUGCUGCUGCUUCUGCUGCUUCUGCUUCUGCUGCUGCUGCUUCUGCUGCUGCUGCUGCUGAUUCUGAUUCUGCUGCUCCUGCUGCUAUCAGUGCUGCUAAUGGUGAAGUGCCGUCUGCUGCACCUCCAGCAGACCCCACAGCCACAGCAGCAGCAGCACCAGCAGCAGGGGAAGCAGCAGCACCAGCAGCAGGGGAAGCAGCAGCAGCAACAGGAGCUGAGGCACCAGCAACAGCAACAACUGCAGCAGCAGAAACAACUGCAAUACAAGCGACAGCAGCAACACAACCAACGGAAGCGGCAGCAGCAGCAACAGCAGCAGCAACAGCAGCAGCAACAGCAGCAGCAACAGCAGCAGCAACAGCAGCCGUUUGGCGGCUGGUCAUCAGGAAGAGAGAGACGCAGCUGUGGGGUGUUGAGCCCUUCGCCCCUUACAGCAUUGAGCAGCAGCAGCAGCAGCAGCAAGAGCAGCAGCAAGAGCAGCAGCAAAAUGUUGAGGCAUCUGCAGAGCCCGCAGAUGCCGAGGCAGCAGAAGCUGCAGCAGCAGCAGCAGCAGCAAUAGAAGCAGCAAGAGCAGCAGCAAUAGAAGCAACAAAAGAAUUGCAGAUACCCUUAGGCCCUUUCUUGAUACUUAAGAAUAGUCUAUGGCGACAAGUUGUCUAG